AUCGCCAUGUUGCGGGUGCCUCCCCUGCUCACCGCUCACCGCUCGGGACCUGGUGGUGGCAGUACAGGGGCAGGAGCUAACCUGAGCUGGUCGGGCGUGUCUCACCCACCCACUCUUCUACCACUCGCUCGGCCUUGCUUUUUGACCCUCCCUUCUAUUUUUUAGGCCCUACCAUUUUCUCCUUGCACUUUCCUCUUCCCGGACUUGUUGUGCCUCUUUUUCUAAAGGUCCUUUGGUGCCAUUCAAUAUCCCCUUGGUCUAAUUUGCGCCACAAUGGCGUCCCCGGCUAUCAAGAAAGCGAUCGCUGAAGCGGCAUCGCAGUACGCAAAGCCCGAAGGGAAGGUCUUCCAGUAUGGCACCGCAGGGUUCCGUAUGAAGGCUGACCUUCUCAACACGGUAGUCUUCACUGUUGGCUUGCUUGCAGGCCUUCGCUCCAGAAAGCUUAGUGGACAAUGGGUCGGUGUCAUGGUCACUGCCAGUCACAAUCCCGCGGAGGACAAUGGCGUCAAGUUGAUUGAUCCCAUGGGUGAGAUGUUGGAGGCUGAAUGGGAAAGUUAUGCCACCAGACUUGCCAACGCUCCACUUGACAAGGUUGGCGAUGUCUACGACGAGCUCAUCAAGGAAAUCGAUGUCAGCAUGGAAAACCCAGCUCGUGUCGUCUUCGCUCGUGACACUCGUGCUUCCGGCUCGCGUCUUGUGUCCGUCAUCAAUGCCGCGCUAACCGCUUCGGAGGUCGAGUUUCUUGAUUUGAAGUUCAUGACCACUCCUCAACUCCAUUAUGUCGUUCGCUGCAAGAACACCCUGGGCACCCAGUAUGAGUAUGGUGAGCCCACGGAGCAGGGCUACUACGAGAAGCUUGCCGAGGCUUUCAAGAGAGUGAUGCGUGGCGUCAAGGUCAAGGGCUCGUUGACCGUGGAUUGCGCAAAUGGUGUUGGUGGACCCAAGCUGAGAGAACUCAUCAAGUACCUGCCCAGUGCAGAGGAGGGUGGCCUUGAUAUCAAGGUGGUUAAUGAUGAUGUCAUCAACCCCGAUAGCCUGAAUUUCGAAUGUGGUGCCGACUAUGUGAAGACGAAGCAACGAGCCCCGCCAUCUUCCAAGGCAGCUGCUCUUGACCGUUGUGCCUCGCUGGAUGGCGAUGCUGAUCGUAUUGUUUACUACUUCAUGGAUGAGAGCAACACUUUCAGACUGCUCGAUGGUGAUCGCAUUGCCACCCUUGCGGCAUCCUUCAUCGGCGACCUUGCACGGAGCGCUGGCAUUGCGCAGAAGCUCAAGAUCGGCGUUGUCCAGACUGCUUAUGCCAACGGUUCCAGCACGGACUACAUCGAAAAGGUUCUGAAGCUGCCCUCCGUUUGCACCAACACUGGAGUUAAGCAUCUGCAUCAUGCGGCCCUGCGCUUCGAUGUUGGCGUCUACUUUGAGGCCAACGGCCAUGGUACGAUUACCUUCUCCGAGAACGCCUUGAAGACCAUCAAGAACACCGAACCUCAAUCUCCUGCCCAAAAGCGCUCGUUCGAGUGCCUUCAAGCGCUCACCGACCUGAUCAACCAAGCGGUCGGUGAUGCCAUCUCUGACAUGCUCCUUGUUGAGGCCAUCCUUUCCCACAAGGGAUGGAGCCCCAAGGAAUGGCUUGCCACAUACACCGACCUUCCCUCGCGACUCGUUCGUGUGGAGGUUGCGGAUCGUUCGAUCUUCAAGGCUUACGAUGCCGAGCGUAAGCUCGAGUCCCCCCCGGGUCUUCAGGCGAAGAUUGAGUCCCUGCAGUCCCGUUACAACAAGGGAAGAAGUUUCGCUCGUGCAAGUGGCACAGAAGACGCGGUGCGUGUCUAUGCUGAAGCCGCAAGCCGGUCUGAGGCGGAUGACCUUGCUACCCGUGUUGCCAAUGCUGUCCGCGAAGCUGGUAGUGCUAAGGACCCAUUGCCGUCUGCUUGAACAACUACUUUCUUGGAUUGCCAGGCUGCUCUUCGUCCAGCCUGCCAAAAAGCAAACCGACUUUUCUCCGCCAAAGCCGAGAUGUGAGCUGCGGGAACAGGAAAUCUCUGUUUUGCUUCAUGAGCGCCCUGGGAACUUUUAUGAAUGAAUUUAUGAUACUUAGUUUAAUCUGCAUUGAAG